AUGGUAGCUUUCCUUUCUGACAACAUCAUACUUAUAGGAAUGAACAAAGAUGACUCAAACGGUGGUGAAGGUUCGGCUAGAAAAUGUUUCGACGAGAUUGGUUGUUUAGAAACAAAUUCGAGGUGGUAUGAUAAGAAACUGCGGCCAAACAAUCUCCCUCCAUUCGACAGACACAUUAUAAAGACAGACUUUUUACUGAUUAAAAUUAAUAAAUCGAAUUCAGAAAAUUUGCUGUAUAACAAUAUGUUGGCAAAGCUUAGCUCCAUUGAAUCUGCUGGAUAUAACAGAAAUUCCGACAUUAUAAUUUUGAUACAUGAUUUUACUGCCAAUGGAUAUACCGGAUGGAUCAAACAUUUGGCGAAGAUACUAUUAGAUAAAUCAUCCCAUCUUAAUGUGAUAUCAGUAGACUGGCAAAGAGGUGCUGACCCACCAUACGACCAAGCAAUAUCAAAUGCAAGAGUUGUGGCUUUGGAAGUGAUCCAAAUGUUAAAAGAAAUUAAAGAACAAGGCAAAGCCAAUCUUGAUAAAGUACACAUCAUUGGCCAUGGUGUAGGGGCUCACAUUGCAGGUUAUGUAGGCGCUACAUACAGCGGCAUUAAAAAAAUUACAGGACUCGAUCCAAGCGGUCCUAGGUUUGAGGGUAUGCCAGAUGUUGUGAGGCUUAAUCCUGCGAAUGCCAGAUACGUUGAAGUACUUCACACCGAUGCUUCCGACGAUAGAAGUCAAGGGACUAGAGAAGCAAUGGGACACAGUGAUUUUUAUAUCAACAAUGCUGUUGCACAACCCAACUGUCCUGUAAACAAUUCCUUUCCCAAACUACUCGCAAUCGAAAGAAAUUCCUUGAAUGGUGGGGAAAUAUCUCCUGGAUGUAGUCAUAAGAGGGCGUUUAAAUAUUUUAUAGAAUCUUUGGCUAGUAAUGAGUGCGUAUUUCUAGGAAUUAAAUGUAAUAGUUAUGAAAACUUCAAUGAGGGUAAAUUGUACGUAUACAAAGUCACAGUUUUUGUAAAAGCGGGAGAUACUACUUAUUAUGGAUUCUUUGAUUUCAUUUUAGUGGAUGAUGAGACUCGUGUAGCAAAAGCUGAACUGAAGGAUCCAAUUUCUAACCAAAGAUAUUAUAAAAGCGGCAUAGGCAAUACGUACAUCUAUUAUGUACAAUCACCAAAACUCCAAAAACUAAAAGAAGCCAAAGUUAGGUGGAACGAGAAAAAGAAAAUAUAUUGUUUCAUAUACUGCAGGCAGGUGAUAGAUGUUGAGAAAAUUGUUUUUAAGUUUCUCGGUACUGGAAAACAGGAUGAUCGGGAAGAAGAAAACUUAUGUCCACCAAACAAACAAACCGAGAUAGAAAACGGUUCUUACAGCACAUUCGUGGCUUGCAAAGGCACACCACGGUCCUCCAAAAAUUCGACAGGAUGA